GUCAUCGCGCAUGCGUGGGCCGGAUUGCUGUCGGAACAGGAAGGGAGCAGCAGUUCAUGGAAGACUGUCGGCGUAAAACGGAAGACAGCACCCAUCAGGAGGACACUGAGCACGGCACUAGAGAAUCGUGCUCGUUUCCAUCUGCCACAUCUCUUGCUGGCCUUACCUGUGUUUCAUCACGACCGGGUUUCACCCAAACACCCUCCCCCUGUCCUGUCGUCGGGGGUUCAUGUGACACCCUUGAGGAAGGGAACGAUGCAAAGGAGACUGCUGUGGCCAACGGACUGCCCCUAUCCACGGUGUCACAGCACUACAUGCCCCGUGAGGUGCCCCCACGCUUCCGGAAUCAGCAGGAACCAAAAGUGUUACUGAAGCGGGGCCAGCCACCACUCUCCUGCAUGCUACUGGGGGGUGGGAACGGAGGGGAUGCCACGCCCUCCCCUAAUGCAAGUACAGCCGACGCCUCGGAUCCUACUGUAGAGUCCUCUUCCACUCCCUCUCGUGCAAAUUACACAUGGGGGCUAGGCUCAGGAGUUCAACCCCUUGCUCAAGGAAUGGACAAGAUUAAAGUCGACAGUUCUGAUAUGGAGAAAUGGCCAAGUGUCAAUGAGAGUAUAAGACCAGAAGAUUCAGCAGCCAAGAGCAGCAUUGCCUCAUGGAAUAGUGAUUUGACCUCAGAGGAGAGAAUGUCUGCCCCCAUGCAAGAUGGUCCUGAUGAAGCAGCCUCAAUCAGAGGACCCUUAAACCAAACUGUCUUUGAGGAAUCACCUCCCAUACCCUUGAGUCCACUGCACCAAACGCUCGGCAAGAACAAAGAGUGUAUUAUGGGUGACUGGAUGGAGCUUAAAGUUGGAACAAAUGUUACUGUUGACUGCAAAGAGGGUGGUGUCACCUGUGCGGAUGUGUGGGAAACAGGUACAGCGACUGUUGGGAGGAAAGGUGAAAUAGCAGGUGGGGAAGGAAGUUCAGGUGAUCGCUCUGGCAUCUCUCAGGUAACAUGGGAUAAAGAGACGGUAGGUUCAAACGAGCAGGCAGCUACAGAAUGGACCUCUGAUUUAGCUGUUGGAGAAUCGAGAGAUGAGGUCAGAAAGAGCUCUAGGGAGGGCUCAACAAUGUUUUCAACAAAUACAGUGGCAUCAAGAGAUCACAAUAAGAAAAGAGCUGAUAGUUGGGGUGAAUCUGAAGAAGAAACUACUGACAAGAAAAGCAGUGAGGAAGAGACGGUGGCCCAUAGCCCCUCCAGAGGUCAGUCUCUCCGCCAAGAUGAGGCCUUACAAAGUGUGAUCAAUCGCACUAACCUGGAUCCCAGAGUGCUGUCUAACACUGGAUGGGGCAACACCCAGAUCAAGCAGAAUGUUGCCUGGGAUCUAGAGGUGAAAAGUGGGAAUGUUGACUGGAAUCAAGAGGUGCACACUGGCCACAAUAAGGAUGUUUUGCAGGACAGAGGUAAUGCACCUCAAUCCAGCUUCAAGAGUCAGAAGUGUGAGAGACUGGAAGGAAGCCAGGGUCAUUUGGGUGGAGGUAAAGGGUGGGGUAGUGAUAAGCAGAAGUGGGAAGAGAGGAAGCUGGAGAAAGAGGAUCGGUGGGGAGAAGCCCAGGUGAAUGAAGGUCAAUGCAGGAGGGAAGGGGUGGGGAAGGACCAGGGUGGUGGAAGUGAAUGGGGACAGAGGACACCUUUGUCCAAAGGUGGAGGCUUGAAGGAAGAGAGAGACAGUCACUGCAAAAAUCAGGAUGAGGUGUUAUGGGGUAUCUCUGAAGAUGCUGGGCAUCGGAGUGCUGCCUGGGGAGGUAACAGAGGAGGCAGUGUCAAACAGCACCAUGGAUGGGGUGAGAAGCCUUCUCCAUCACAAAUACCAAACAAUCAAAUAGCACUUAAAACCCAAAUUCAACCGAUGCAGCAGCAGUCACAGACCCAACAGCAUAUGCCAGAACAUCCAAAAUCCUUGCAGGACAGCAGGAGUUGUCCAGGAGGGCCAGAAGGUCAGAGCAAAGGGUCUGGAUGGACAUGUGGCCCCACCCCUCAGAUGCCUUCAGUUGUAAAACAAAGUGGGUGGGAGGAAACCUCACCUCAGUCCAUCAGCCAGAAGAUCGAGAUUGAUGAUGGCACGUCUGCUUGGGGUGAUCCUUCACGCUACAAGAGCAAGAACAUCAAUCUGUGGGAUAAGAAAAGCACUCCGACUCAAGAGCAAAGUUGCCAGAUAAGUCAUCAGCAGUCAUCUGAAAGAUUGGCUGAAGCUCCAUCUAAGAACUCUGUUCCAUCAAAGUGGGGAGGCAUCAGUGGUCCCCCAGAUCAGUUCGCGGACAAUAGCUCAACUGCUUGGGGGAAAUCGUUUGAUGGCCAAACUGGCUGGGGAGACUCAGAGGGAAAGGGCAAAGGGGGAGGAUGGGCAAACUCACGUUCCCAUCCUGCAAUGUCUGGUUCAAAGUCUAUGCAAGAGGGGUGGGGUGAUGAAGGCUCAAAUGCACCCCGUCACCCCAGCUGGGAGGAAGAGGAUGGUGGAACUGGUGUCUGGGGCAGUAGGGGAUCCCAAAGCAGCAUGUCCACCUACAACUCCGGGGGAUGGGGGCAGGGCCAGGGGGCCAGGAGACGUGGCACCAAGAGCCCUCUGAAAGGUAACAGCGGGGAUGUGUGGGCAACUCCCGUGAGUCGGCAGUUCUCAAACAUGGGCAUCAUGGAUGGAGACUCCAACGUGGGUCAGGAAAGACAUGACAGGAGAGGAAUGAAUGAUGGAGAAAUGCGGAGAGGGGGCAGGGCCGAUGGAGUAUUUCACUCACAAAUUUCCAAAGAGACCACACCUGGGGAAGGUGGGCCAUACCUGGACAAGGUUGGGGGUCAUGGUAUGUUUGGCAGCAGUGGUAUUUCUCAGCUAAGAGGGAUGCAUCAGGCCGGUGUGCACCCUGGGAUAAGAGCACAAGUGCCUCAUCAGUUCCUGCCGCCUCAGGUUCCCGGGCCUAUGCUAAAGCCAGUGGCGCACCCUAGUGGUGGUAUGUUCCCUCCCCAGCUAUCCCCCCAGCACAUUGCCAUGCUCAAUGGUAUUCAUCCACACAUGCAACAGUUCCAGCUAGCUUGUCAGCUCAUUCUCCAACAACAGCAGCAGCAGCAGCAACAACAGCAGUUCCUGAAUCAGAGGAAGUUUCCUCCUCCUCCUGUAAGACAACAACAAGACCCACAACAGUUGGCGCGGAUCAUGGCUAUCCUACAGCAGCAACAGGGGGUGGGUGGGCCCAAACUCCCCUCAUCCCUCCCGUCCCCCAUGGGAGGACACACCCCCAAACAUCCAGACAUGCCACUCCAUCACCUGGGUGUAAAUGCCCACAAACAGCCGGACAUGCCCCUGCAUGCUUCCAUGGGUGGACCAGAGCUGCACACCAAACCAAUGCCAGCUUUCACAGGUUUCGUAGGCGGUUCUGAUCUGGAUUCUCGGAGUUCUCCCGGUGGUUUGAAGGAUGGUGGGGGACCUCAGUCUCGCUUUAAAUGGAUGAUGGAUGGAAACAGUCUGACGCCCUCACUUGAACCCACACUGAAUAACGGACCAGUAAAAAUGGGCGGCGGCUCUAUGUACUCUCAGUAUGAUGUGUUGGGUGGCAGUUGGAACAGAACCGGAAGUGGAAAAGUAGACGUAUCUCCUGCCAACCCCACCUGGCCUCCAGAGUUUCAGCCAGGUGUCCCGUGGAAGGGUGUCCAGAGUCCUGAGCUUGAGCCUGACCCCUACAUGACCCCUGCAGGAAUGCUGGGAUCCACCAUGCUCAGUGAUACAGAACAUCACCUGUUGCAAGACAACACAGCGAAAUACUCCAGUUGGACGCCUGAGCCCAUUGGACACAGCAAAUCAUGGAGGACCAAUCGAAACAGUUCCCAUAUGCCCAGCCCCCCUCCAUGUCUCACCAAUCAGAAGCAGCCGUGGUCAGCAGAGGGGUCGCAGAUGUCCAGAGCGUGGAGGGGAGGGGCGAGUGUCCAAGAGUCACCCUUUAAAUCAGGAUGCUUAGAGUGGAGUGAUGGUGGGGCGGGAAAGUCUUGGCUGCUACUGCGAAACCUCACUCCUCAGAUUGAUGGCUCGACCCUGAAGACCAUCUGUCUGCAGCACGGCCCCCUGAUAACCUUUCACCUCGGUCUGACCCAGGGCAGCGCUCUGAUUCGCUACAGCAGUCCUCACGAAGCCGCCAAGGCCCAGAGCGCCCUGCAUAUGUGUGUUCUGGGAAACACCACCAUCCUGGCGGAGUUCAUGAGCGAGGAAGAGGUCAUUCAAUACUUCACACAUUCCCAGACCGCCGGCGUCACGGGCUCGCCCGAGGGGUUGUCCAGCUCUGACCCCAGCUCACGAGAGGCGGAGCGGGGCACGGGCGGAGGGGGGGACGCAGAGGCAUGCGUGGGCUGGCAGGGUUUGGGUGUGACGUGCGACUCUGGACUCGCUCUCCUCAGCCAAUGGAGCAACAGUACAGGGUAGGGGGUGGGGAAUGGGGUCAUGGGGGUUGUGGCUGCAGGUUACCAUGGCAUCAGCCUAUGGGGCACACCUCAGCUGGAGGACAGCAUGGCUGUACUGUUGCCAGGCAACCUGCUUGGAGGCGGGACGGACAAUUUGUGAUUGAUACUGAUUGUGAGUUAAAGUUCUGGUAUGUUGCGGCACCAAACAUAAGAGUUGUCAAGCAUAUGGAAGCCCACAGAUGCCAUGUGUCAUUAUAACUUCUGUUUGUUUUUUCUAGGAAAGGGUGAAUCUAAUUAAUGAAACAUGUUCAUAUUUCACCCCAGAAUCAAAAACUAAGAAAUGAUGUUGCAAUUAUAUCUUUCUAGGACCAUUAAGAUUUCUUUUGCACUGUGAAAUUAUUUUCAUGACAAUGAAUGAAGUGUGUUCCACCCCAAAUUCUCAUGACUGUUUUUUCAGUUCUCAUUAUUCUCAAUGCUGAUGUAAUGCAUUAAUACAGGAACUUUUUACUGUAUAACAAAAGCAAAAUACUGUAAUUAUUUGUAUUAAAAUAAAGGCAGUACGACAAAUAAUGCAUCAUUUUUUUUACAUUACAAUAAUGAGAAUUUGGGGGUUGCUGCGUUGCCCAAAAAAUAAUUUCUCAAUACAAAUAAACCUGACCAGUUUACAUGAUAUUGCUUGUGUUCUUUAGAUAUGUAUUAUUAGAGGAAUAACUCUCAAGGCUUCCGCAUGUUUGUCAGUAUUUUCGCAGUUCUUUUUGGUGCCGCUGGAGCUGCAGAAAUAACACUGAGCUAAAUUUCCACACAAACACUUAUUGACCGGCUUUAUGUCCAGUGAGAAACACACAUUGGCAAGCGUGUGAUUUACUGACAUUCUCAUCAGCAGAGUUAAGCUAUCAUGUAUCUGAGUGCAGGGACUGUUUCUUAAAGCCGCCUUUAACAAAAGUUUCACACGAACUAGAACAUCAAAUAUAAAUCUGAUGUUACGCUGACACACACACACUGUCUCUCUCUCACACACUGUCUCUCUCUCACACACACACUCUCUCACACACUGUCUCUCUCACACACACACACACACACUGUCUCUCUCACACACACUAGCGCACACACACACUAACACACUCUCUCGCACACUCUCUCUCACACACUAACACACACACACUCUCUCGUGCACACUAACACACUUUCACACUCUCGCACGCACACUCUCUCACACAGUCUCUCUCUCAUACACUGUCUCUCUCACACACACACACACACUCUCACUCACACACUGUCUCUCACACACUCACACUAACACACACACACUAACACUCUCGCGCACACACACACACACUAAUACACACUCUCGCACACACUCUCUCUCACACACUGUCUCUCUCACUCACACACACACACUAACACUCGUGCACACACACACACACUCUGUCUCACACUCACUGUUUGAAGCGUUACUGGGGUAGUUUAUAUCUCACAAAGAAAAGGUGUCGGGAUCAUAUUUGACUGAAAGAAAAAGAAUAAUAGUAUAAAGAAGGUGAAGUUUAUUUUUAGGGCCUUUAGGAUGUGUUUGCGCUGUCACAUUGUGUCCACUGCAAUAAAGAUGAAUGUCAAAAUAAUAAUAAUAAUCAUACUUUAAACAGUGAGGUAUUCAAAGAUCAUGUUUGUGUUUUUAUCUGAAAUUGAAUGAACUGUUUAGUUUUUUAUGGAAACUUGUCUAGAUUGAGUUUUCUAGAUGGGAUUGAAAGUGAUGUCACAAAGCACUAGAUAUUACCGGUCUGAUGAAAGGGCUUCAUUCUCUUGCAAAGUAUUUUGAUGUUUUUUUCAGUUGGGUUUUGGGUGGGAUAUGACCGGGACAUUUCUUCAUGAGAUUGUCGCAGCAAGAGCUAAUUUGAGUAUUUCAUGUGUUUUCUUUGCAAGAGUUGUUGAAGCGGGUUGAUGUGACAGUGUGGCUUUAUUUUCAUAUGAACAGACAAACACAUGCAAACUAUCACAAGCACAUCAUUUAAUGACAUGCAGGAGAAGAAUUAUAGAUCGAGAAGAGCGCGUUCAUGUCCUCAGCGCAGCGUUCCCCGUGUAACUCGUCUCAUUUGACCUUCCACUGUUUCCUCUCUUAUCUGUUGGUCAGGUUUGAUCAUUUAUAUUGCAUUGAAUAUUGGUUUAUGGUUUAUUUGAUCAUGCAUAUACUUCUCUUUAAAGACUGAGUGUGUCAAACGUGUGUGUGAUGGAUAAACGAGUGUUUGAGGGCACUUUACUGUUUAUGUGUGAGUUUAUGUGCAACUGCUUUACAAUGUUCACUGUGUACUAUAUACUGCUGGUUGUGCUUUACAAAUCUUGGCAUUAGCGGGUUUCUGCGAUUUGACUUUCUUUAUACAAGUGUACUCAUGAAGCCUUUUGUAUCAGCUGAACUGCAAUAAUGAUUCGAUGAGCAUUUUAAAAACACAUGUGACGGUAUCUCGCCACACGUACCCCAACAGAGUUUACAAAUAGCUAAAAGACAUUGAAUACAUUUAUUAUGAUUCUGUAUUGUUUUUUUGUUUAAAAUGAAGACUUUAACACUCCUUUCAGUGUUUUGCAGAUUUUACAGAGAUAAAAAGUGAAGUUUAUUUAAAUAAACGUGAAAU